CCAAAGAAGAAACAUGUUCGGUAGUGGUAUCCACUACAGCUUUACUGUAAUGUUUACGGACCUUUUACGGUUCAGGGUCGUCCUGAUUUUACUUCGUUUACUCGUCACAGUACCAGUCUUGUGUUGAUAAGCCUGUUAAUGUUUAAUGUUGGGAAAGUUGCAUGAAGCAGAAUAGAUGUCGAAAUCCCUUCUGUUACACAACUCGGUAGAGAACAUUUUACCAGUAGACGUGCUCAAACUCUUAAUGUAAAUCAUCUCUUUUCAUUUAGCUUAAUUAAAUGUUAGAAUGGCCGCCUUGCGAGCAGCAAAGCAAGGCCUGAGGAAAGAAUUAAAGCGACGGGUUGCCACAGUGACGGACGACGAGAAACGACGGCAGUCUCUUGUCGUUUCACAGAAGUUGUUCAGUCACCCCAAGUAUGUGUCCUCUCAGCGGAUUGCUGUGUUUCUGAGUAUGAAGGAUGAAGUGAAUACUCAGGAAAUCAUCAAGGACAUGCUUAAGUGUGGUAAAAGCUGCUUCAUUCCUAGAUAUGAGAGUACUAGCAGUCAUAUGGACAUGUUGAAGGUCAACAGUCUGCAGGACAUAGAGACGCUGCCUCUGACCUCCUGGAAUAUCCGGCAGCCUGCCAGGGAUGAUAACAGCAGAGAGGACGCAUUGGCUUCAGGAGGUCUGGACCUGAUUUUGAUUCCAGGGCUGGGCUUUGACCGUGCCAGGAACCGACUGGGACGAGGGAAGGGUUUCUAUGAUAACUACCUGGAGCGUUGCAAAAAACACCCCAAAGGCAAGCCCUACACAAUUGCCUUGGCCUUCAAAGAGCAGCUUUGUGAAAAAGUCCCUGUUGAUGACCAUGAUGUGCCCAUAGAUGAAGUACUGUAUGAGGAUGAAAAAUAGCUGGUCUAUGAACUCAGGAAGUCCACUAACCCUUUAAACAUGGCCUUUCCAUUCAAUACCAGGGUUUUGUAAUUGUUAGAGUAGGUGAAAUUCAAAGGAUGUCGUAAUUAAUGCCGUUAUUAUCAAUGUUAUCACUUCAGUCUGUGGUUGUCCUGCUGUGAUGGCUAUUAUGUCAUUAGACAAGCUAAGGUAAUAUGCUCAAGGCUACAGUCAAGAAGUAAUGUAUAAUUUAUGAGAUGUAUAGUCUGGUUAGUUUGUUCUUCAUAUGAAGAGAGCAGCUCUAUCUUGUCAUAAAAAGCUUUUAAAAGGUAUUAUGUAAUACUGUCUAAAAUUAAAUAUUAAUUUCCCUGG